AUGGGGAAGAAGGACAAGUCUGAUAGAGACAAGAAGAAAUCGAAGAAGCGUCACUAUGAUGAGGAUGAGGAUGACGACGACGAACUGCCCGGCAACGACCAGGAGGCCGUGCCCUCUGCCGCCGGGAAGCAGGUGGAUGAAACCGCCACAAAAGUGGACGAGUAUGGAGCUAAAGAUUAUCGAUCGCAGAUGUCGCUGAAGGCGGAUCACUCGUCCCGUCCGCUGUGGGUGGCACCGGACGGUCACAUCUUCCUGGAAGGUUUCUCCCCCGUCUAUAAGUACGCGCAGGACUUCCUGGUGGCCAUCUCCGAGCCGGUCUGCAGACCUCAGCACGUUCACGAGUAUAAGCUCACGGCGUACUCUCUGUACGCGGCGGUCAGCGUGGGCCUGCAGACCAGUCACAUUAUCGAGUAUUUACAGAAGCUCAGCAAAACCGGCGUCCCGGAGGGCAUCGUACAAUUCAUCAAGCUCUGUACCGUCAGCUAUGGAAAAGUGAAGCUGGUUUUCAACUUUUCCAGGUACUUUGUUGAGAGCGCCCAUCCCGAAGUCAUCCAGGACCUCCUGCAAGAUUCCAUCAUCCGUGGCUGCAGACUCCGCAAUGAGGAGGGCGAGGAAACCGAACUCAUCACCGAAACGUAUACCAGCAAGUCAGCGAUCUCUAAGGCCAGUGACCCCGCCAGCGCACCCUCCACCUCCCAGGUUCCCGAGACGCAGAAUAAGGCCGAUGUCCCUACUGACUUGAUUGAUUUUUACGAGCAGAUGGACAAGGAGGAAGAGGAGGAGGAAGAAACACAGACGGUGUCCUUUGAGGUCAAACAGGAGAAUAUUGAGUUGGUCCAGAAACAGUGCAUCCACCUGGAGUAUCCCUUACUGGCGGAGUACGACUUCAGGAACGACACCAUGAAUCCAGACAUCAACAUCGACCUGAAGCCCACCGCCGUCCUCCGACCGUACCAGGAGAAAAGCCUGCGCAAGAUGUUUGGCAAUGGGCGCGCUCGAUCUGGCGUGAUUGUCCUGCCUUGCGGUGCGGGAAAGUCUCUGGUUGGCGUCACGGCGGCCUGCACGGUCCGGAAGAGGUGUCUUGUGUUGGGGAAUUCUGCCGUUUCAGUGGAACAGUGGAAAGCGCAGUUUAAGAUGUGGUCCACCAUUGACGACAGCCAGAUAUGUCGCUUUACAUCAGACGCCAAGGACAAACCCAUCGGCUGCUCUAUCGCCAUCAGCACCUACUCCAUGUUGGGGCAUACCACCAAGAGGUCCUGGGAAGCCGAGAGGGUGAUGGAGUGGCUAAAAAGCCAGGAGUGGGGUCUGAUGAUUCUGGAUGAGGUGCACACCAUUCCAGCUAAGAUGUUCCGUCGUGUCCUGACCAUCGUCCAAGCGCACUGCAAGCUCGGGCUGACCGCCACAUUGGUCCGAGAAGAUGACAAAAUUGUCGACUUGAAUUUCCUGAUUGGCCCCAAGUUAUACGAGGCGAACUGGAUGGAGCUGCAGAACAACGGCUACAUUGCUAAAGUGCAGUGCGCCGAGGUCUGGUGCCCCAUGUCGCCCGAGUUCUACAGAGAGUACGUGGCCAUCAAGACAAAGAAGCGCAUUCUCUUCUACACCAUGAACCCAAAUAAAUUUCGUGCUUGCCAGUUCCUGAUUAAGUUCCACGAGAGGAGGAACGACAAAAUAAUUGUGUUCGCCGACAAUGUCUUCGCGCUGAAGGAGUACGCCAUCCGGCUGAACAAUGCCUCGAAUUCUCCUUCCCAAGCUGGCCAGACACCCUUCUCCCGGCAUCUGGCGGUCUGUGAAGAUGACCAGUUUAGACAGAAGUUGCUGGUCCAGACAAGUGCCGACCACACUCUUUGUUUGGGGGUUGGAGACACGUCCUUCGAUUUACCUGAAGCCAACGUUCUGAUCCAGAUCUCCUCUCACGGAGGGUCCCGAAGACAGGAAGCGCAGCGUCUGGGACGUGUUCUGAGAGCGAAAAAAGGUACAAUUUCUAAAAAGCCAAAUGCAUUCUUCUAUUCUCUGGUGUCUCAGGAUACGCAGGAAAUGGCGUACUCCACCAAAAGGCAGAGAUUCCUGGUGGAUCAGGGCUACAGCUUUAAGGUGAUCACCAAGCUGGCCGGGAUGGAGGAAGAGGAUCUGGCGUUCUGCACCAAGGAAGAUCAACAGCUGCUCCUGCAGAAGGUCUUGGCCGCCUCCGAUCUGGACGCGGAGGAGGAAGUGGUGGCCGGGGAAUUUGGAUCAAAGUCUACUCAUAUGGCGCGCCGUUUCGGGACCAUGAGUUCCAUGUCCGGAGCAGACGAUGCAGCUUAUAUGGAGUACCACACAACUCGGAACAAGAAUGCCGCCGGCAAACACGUACAUCCCCUCUUCAAACGUUUCAGAAAAUGAAA